AUGUCCAAACCCGUCACUGCGUCUGCCACACUCAAGUCUAGCUCGCCCGUCCCCCUCGACACCAUCCCAAUCUCACCUGCAAACGAGAACGCCGACCCGAACAUGACUUCGGAAGACGGAGCCACCACAAGCAGUGGCGCUGCGAAGUCGGGAGACGAGCAAGUCACCGUCUUUCAUGAUCCAGAGAACUUCAACGUCAAACAUCCCCUGAUGCAUGAGUGGACUCUUUGGUUCACUAAGCCACCGAGUGGGAAGGGCGACAACUGGAACGAUCUACUUAAGGAAGUUGUCACCUUCGAUUCUGUGGAAGAGUUCUGGGGCGUCUAUAAUAACAUUACUCCCACUUCCGAGCUCGCGCUGAAGUCAGACUACCAUCUUUUCAAAAAAGGCAUCCGCCCAGAGUGGGAGGACCCUCAAAAUAAGCAUGGAGGGAAAUGGAGCUACCAAUUCAAGGACAAACGUAGCGCCCCCAUCGACGAACUCUGGCUCCAUGUGAUGCUCGCAGCCAUCGGCGAAACCCUCGAGAACAGCGACGAUGACGGCGAGGUCAUGGGUGUGGUGGUCAACGUACGCAAGGGCUUCUACCGUGUUGGGCUAUGGACCAAGACGGUCGGAAAGAGCGUGCCAGGAGGUGGAGAGGGAGACGUUGCCGGGGGUAAAGGUCGGAGCCCGGAGAAGAGCAAGGAUGUCCUGCUUGGUCUGGGGAAGAAGUUCAAAGAGGUCUUGAAGUUGAAGGAUGCGGAGGUCGUGGAGUUUUCGGGGCACACGGAGAGUGCGCAUAGCGGUAGCACGAGGGCGAAGGCGAAGCACACGGUCUGA